GCCCUGAAUCCAUUAGCAUUCGAUAGCACAACAUGUGAUUUGGCUCCUAACAGCACAUUUAAUGCAAUAUUAACGGAUCGCCGAUGAAGUAAACAAACAAUCUGUCUGCAAAAUAAAAAUCUCCAAACAAACUCGAAUAUGAAGGAAAAAUGCAGAGUUUGCUGGCUGAAAUUCCAAAACACGGUCAACAUUUUUAAGCAAAGUGUGGAGUUUGAGCUUUCCCUGGCAGAUAUGAUUUCGCAGUCCACCGGCCUUCCAGUUCAAAAGGGAGACCACUUUUCCGAGUUCAUUUGCCUACUUUGCCUUAAGGAUACGCAAAAUGCGUACACAUCUCGACAAACUUACGAGCCGGACCAUGAGUUCACCUGCCAAGUAAAGGAGGAAAACAUAGAUGAUUCACUUCAGGCAGCUUAUUAUAAUGACUCUAAAGAAUCACAAUAUAGAGAGGAAACAGAGCAAUUCGCUUGCCUAGUGAAGAACGAGCCCUUAGAAGAAGACUUUCUAGAUAAUGACAUCUCUUUAACAGCAUCUUACCAAAUAGGGGAACAAAAUGAAGAUUUAAGUUACGAAAAAAUCAAAAAGGUGAAAGGUUCAGCCGAAAAGGCACUACCUUUCAGUUGUCUUCAUUGUUCUGAGACCUUUCGGAGCAGGUAUUUUCUAGAUCUGCACAAACAAGUUCACAUGAAGGAACAGAAAUACUCAUGUAUCCACUGUCCCAAGACUUUUGCCACUUUAUACCAACAUAGGAGUCACAUGGCGACUCACACUGGAGAACGAACACACAAAUGUUCGCAAUGUUUUAAAUCAUUUAUCGGUAGUUCAAAUCUUCAAACACACCUCCGCAUUCACACUGGUGAGCGACCAUUUAAAUGCCUCAAAUGUCCAAAGACUUUCAUACAGAAAACGCAUCUUGUCAAUCACAAUCGCACCCACACUGGAGAACGUCCCUUUAGUUGCCCCAAGUGUCUAAAGAGCUUUAGACAACCAGCUAAUCUCCAAGCGCACCUCAAGGGUCAAUGUAAGAGUUCAAUUUCCCGCGUCAAAGCCCGAACAGAGAAACCACUUUUUAAGUGCACCCACUGCUCCUCUUCGUUCAAAGACCAAGAUGCUCUGCUAGAUCACAUUCACACCCACAACGCUUUAUUUGAAAAAGAAGUCUGUAAGAUGUCUAACAAUGAAAGUAAUCAGCUUAAUGAUAUCAAAGUAGAUAUAUUUAAAUAUGAUGAGCAAGACGAUUCGGAUGGCUACCCAAAUAUCACAGACGAUGAUGACUAAUUAAGAUGCCCUCAUUGUCCAAAGAUGUGCAAGCGCACUCAGGAUAUAAAAGCCCACCAACGAAAUCAUUUUGAGCAGCCGCAAAUGUGCCCCCACUGCUCAAAAUCCUUUAGUUUUAUAUCAACUUUUAAAAGGCACAUACUGAUUCACAAAAGUGAAAAAAAGUCCACUUGUACUAACUUCUCAGAGUAACUGUUGGUACACACAAAGGAAAGAUCUCUUAUAUGUC